AUGUCCAAUAUCACACUUGUCUCGCCAACUUUAAAAUCAACCCCCACAGCUAAGAUCGUUACCUUAGCCGCAGGAUGCUUUUGGGGAGUUGAAAGAGUGAUGGGCAAGUACUUCAAGGAUAAGGGAUUGAUUGACGCCAAGGUCGGCUAUGCCAACGGUCUGCCCUCUAUCAGUGAUGUCUCGUACAAAAAAGUGUGCAGCGGCGCCACUGGGUUUGCUGAGAGUUUGCAACUCUCGUACGACCCAAGCCAAUUGUCGUUGAAAGAAAUCUUGGACAUAUUCUUCCGGAUUCAUGACCCAACAACAUUCAAUGCGCAGGGUCCAGACCAAGGCACCCAGUACAGAAGUGCCAUCUUCGUUCACGAUCAAGAUGAUUUAUCGGUCGCGCAGGAAAUCAAAGCUCAUUUCCAAAAGGAGUGGUAUCCAAAUCACAAAAUCGCUACUGAGAUUGAUCUUAUCAAGAAUUGGUACGACGCCGAAGACUACCAUCAAAAGUACUUGGAUCAAAACCCUGGUGGAUAUGAAUGUCCGACACACUUUUUGAGAACGAAGCCAAAAGCAUAG